CCCGCCGGGCACUCGGCAGCCAGGCUCGGUGGCCUGCAGCCCUCGCCUCCUGCCAAAAGCCGUACUCAUUCCUUGUGGCGUGGCACGAGAACGGCAAGCAAAGCAGCGGCGGAGCGGCUGCGGCAGGGCAGAGCGAGCGGUGGCUGUGCACACUUUUGUCCGACGGUUGUGCCAGUAAAAGACCGGCUUUGGGUUCGCAGAGGACAUAGCAUCCCUGCGGUGCUUUUGGCAUAGAAUCAUUAAGCUUGGAAAAGACCUUCAAGAUCAUCAAGUCCAACUGUCAACCCAACACCACCAUGCCUACUGAACCAUGUCCCGAAGUGCCACAGAAGUGUCCUGCCAGUCCAGCAUCAGGCAAGCGUAUUUUUUAGCACAGUCAAGCACCGGCUUCUUGUAACUUCUAGCACACGAGGACAGGAACAGUCAGCGACCGGGGCGAUGGCAUACGGGGUGGGGUGAGAAACAGCGCAUCUUGCCUUCUGCUUCCAGGCUCUCGGGCUCCCUCUUUUGGAGAGCACCAAUUUCCUCCUCUUGCAGGGCAGCGAAUGGGAUCGUAGGGUGGUAUUUGUGUGUCACAUAACUAAACCACUCCAGACUUUUUCCACUGUUUGGGGCUUGGGUUGCGUUUGGAGGGGUUUUUUUUAACAGUCUUGAGGGAUUGAACAAAAUUACCAUGCUUAAGCAUCAAUUGCUACUGCUUCCCCUGCAAUCAUGGAACCAAGCAGACAUUCCUGUUCCCCUACAGUAGCGACCAUUACGUAACGGCCUCUCUUCUGAUACUAAGAAACCACGAGUGUUCUCUGACACAUUUCAUAAUUUCACAAUGUUGGGUCACUGUGUGUCCUCUGGGGCUCUCAUCCAAGCCCGUCCGAAGUGAAGGGGAAAGUUCCUCUGGCUUUCAAACCCCAUGAGCCUCCAGAGUGAAAGCGCAUGCAGAAGUGUUCCCAGGUGCACUUAGCUCUUUCACAAACUUUGCCGAGACUUACCGGGAUGGGGUGUGAGCGCUGAGUCAGUCCAACGCAUCUCCUGGGAAGGCUUUCCAGCUUCUCUGGGGAAGAAUAGCAGCCCCUCGCGUUUGCCAUGUCUGACUUCCUGGAAGGAAGCAGGUGAAAGGCAGAAAAGGUCCACGAGUCUCUGGAAGGUACCACCUUACCCCAAGAUACCCCAUCUUGGGGGGCUUCACCCUGAGACUGCCAGCAGGUGCUUCUCCUGCCUACCCCAAAUUCAUCUCCCGUCAGGCAAGGGACCUACCUUACCAGUACGAGAGGGGAAUCUCACAAGCAUACUGUGGAUUUUUUGUUUGUACAUGCUACUUGAUUAUCUUUUACUGACCCACCCAGAAAGAGAAGAGAGGUCGAACAAAAAUCCUUGUCUUGUCACUUCUGCCUAGAACUGGCUGAAUUUUAUGACACGUGCUGGAGAAGCUGCCUGGGCCAUUGGAAAUGGAGCGGCUCAUGCUGCAUUUCUGAUCAGCAAAGCUUUCUGCAUGGAGUACAAGCAUCAAGUUGCCUUACGUUAAACCAUAAGCAAGUUGCACUAUUUGUUGCAACUGUACCGCUGAUACCACUCCAGACUUCACUAGGUCUUUCCAAGGCAGUAGUUUCUCAUGUAGUUUGAAUGUUUUCAACUGACACUUGAAUGUUUUUUUUUAUUAUUAUUAUUAUUAUUAAAUCUGGUGUGGCUGUGAAAAGUGUUUGUGGGGCAAACUUUUUGCUGUUAAGUUCAUGGUGCAUUUUGAAGCCUCACUUUCAAGUGUGAUCCGUGCUAUGGCAGCAACCUACAGGCUUAUGGUCACUUCUGUGAACUGCUACAGCAGUGUGGUGAUAGACCAGCACUUUCAGCACACUGUGCAUUACUGCACAGGGACUUGCCAAGUCUUUAAGCAAGGAGUUACAUGCGUAGUUGCCCACCACAGUGUCUGCGCAGAGCUCAGUGUCCAAGGUGCCAACCUAGACCAUAAAAUUCCCAUUCCUGAAAAUGGACUUGCCUUGCCUGGAAAUGAGGACUAUCAGCAAAUCCUUCCAAAUAAUCCAAGAAUCAAAAAGGGCUCUUCAGUGCAAGCCUCCAGCAGUUUAAAAGACAUUACUGGUGAGGCGAUAAACCUUGCCAGUGGUAAAAUAAAGGAAUUCUCCUUUGAAAAGCUCAAAAACUCUUCCAGUCAUGUGGCCUACAGAAAGGGAAGGAAAGUUCGUUCAGAAUCAUUCAGCAGACGAUCAUUUGAUUUUGACUUGAUUUAUGGGCAAUUCAGCAAUGAUGAGAACUGCCCUCCAUGUGCCUUUUUGCAGAGUCCCUCACCUGUGGAGAAAUGGCAGGAGAGCAAUGAUGCUCCAGAAGUCACCAUGAAUCCCAUGGUUCCCUUCUCCCCUCAUUCCUUUGCUGAAGAAAACUUCAUUACCCAGAUUUUGGAAAAACACAAGCUAGAUGGUUCUUCUGGUGGAGAUAUUAAGGUGUGCUUAGACAUCUUGCUCAAGUGCUCAGAGGAUCUGAAAAAGUGCACAGACAUCAUAAAACACUGCAUCAAAAAGAAGUCUGCAGGCAGUGUUAGUGGAGGGAACAGCAAUGAUCUCCUGGCUAAUUCGGAAAUGGUAUAUAUGAAUCUGAUGACAAGAUUUUCUUCGUACCUGAAAAAGCUACCCUUUGAGCUCAAGCCGCCAGGACACAAGGAAGCUAGUGACUUGGCAGAACUAGUUAACUGUUUUCACGGCUUGCAGCAAGCUCCCUUUCCCCCAGUAUUCGGAGAUGAGCAGCCACCUAGGUAUGAAGAUAUUAUUCAGCUGCCAUCCUCGAGUGCAGUUCCUCUUGGACUACCAGGUGAUCAGCAUGAGGUGACAAGCACCCCUCAGUCCAUCCAAACAAGUACUGUGAGCUUUACCUCAAACUCCCUUCACAGCGUCCCACAGGAGAACAGUGUGAGAGCUGUGAAAGAUGCUUGUGCUCUACCUCAGUUACCAGCCAAAAGCCCUUCUGACUGCACAUCUCCCGCUGAGGCUCUGUACAUUGAGGAGGAGUCUGAUGGGGAAAGAACAUUAGGGAAAAUAAAGAAGGCAGAGCAGAAAGGGGGCUGGGAGAGUUUAGAGCACAGCUACCAGCUAGCUGGUUGUUCAGAUCUAACUGCCGAUGUUAAAGUGGAACAUGCCAGAGUGGGAGGUGUUGAGCUCCCCCAUGCUUCUGAGAAAAUUACUUCUUUAAAACCAGUUUCAGAUUCUGCAUUGUGUCGUUCCCAAGCUGAUGUCUCCAAAGGAGAACAGAUGUGCAGCACGGUAGACAAGGAUGAGAUAGACAAACUGCUGCUGGAUUUGGAGUGCUUCUCACAGAAAAUGGAGAGUACUUUGAGGGAACCCUCUCUAAAGGAGAGUGAACCUGCCCGUUUGCAGGUGUUUGGCUGGCAGGGUAGGCAGGUACUACCUCUGGCUCUUGAACCCAAAAGUAAACCCAUUGACCCCACUUCCCCGUUGUCAAAAAUCAUGGAAACCAAUGGUCAUAAAAUGGAAGAGGAUGACAAAGCCCUUUUACUGCGUAUCCUGGAAAGCAUUGAGGACUUUGCCCAGGAACUAGUGGAAUUCCAGACAGGCAAGGGAAGCUUGUCCAAGGAGAGGGAAGUGAUGCAGAUUCUUCAGGAGACUUUAACAACUCCUUCACAGUCCCUCCUUGCAGGGCAGAAAAGCUAUGCUGGGGCUGCCUCUAGAGACUCUGUUCCAGCUUCAAUUCAGCAGGCCCCAGAAGUGAUUAAGGUUCAAAGUAAACAAGAGAAAAAACCUGGAACUUCAUCCCCAGUCCCUUUGAACUCCGCAGUUAGCACUUGCACUCUUCUGCCUGUGAAUAAAGCCACCAGCAGUAGCCCUUUGUCGAUAAACAUUCCACGUUUCUACUUCCCUAAAGGACUUCCGAAUGUCUGCACUAAUCAUGAAGAAAUCAUCACCAGGAUUGAAGAAGCCUUUAUGGAGUUUGAAGAUGAGAAAGCCAAUAUCUGUGAAAUGGGGAAGAUUGCUAAGAUAUGUGGCUGCCCACUCUACUGGAAAGCACCGAUGUUCAAUGCAUCGGGAGGAGAAAGGAUGCGAUGUGUAUCUGUACACUCAUUUGUAUCCAUGUGGAGAAAAAUCCUGUGUAACUGCCAUGAUGAUGCAUCCAAAUUCACAUACCUUUUAGCGAAGCCUAGCUGUGACUACCUAGAACAGGAGGACUUCAUCCCGCUGCUUCAGGAUGUGGUGGAAACUCAUCCUGGCCUGACGUUCCUGAAGGAUGCUCCGGAGUUCCAUUCCCGGUAUAUUACGACGGUUAUACAGAGAAUAUUCUACACAGUCAAUCGAUCCUGGUCUGGGAAGAUCACUCUAACAGAGCUGAGGAAAAGCAACUUCUUGCAAACUCUUGCUCUCUUGGAAGAAGAGGAUGACAUAAAUCAGAUCACAGAUUAUUUCUCCUACGAGCACUUCUAUGUUAUAUACUGUAAAUUCUGGGAGCUGGACACUGACCAUGAUCUUUACAUCAGCCAGAAGGAUCUGGCUAGGUACAGUGAUCAAGCUUUAUCAAACAGGAUUAUUGAGCGAAUAUUCAGCGGCGCUGUGGUGAGAGGCAAUGAAGUUCAAAAGGAAGGCCGCAUGAGUUAUGCUGAUUUUGUGUGGCUCCUGAUUUCGGAGGAAGACAAAAGGAGUGCUACAAGCAUUGAGUACUGGUUUCGGUGCAUGGACCUGGAUGGGGAUGGAGUACUCUCCAUGUAUGAACUGGAGUAUUUUUAUGAGGAGCAGUGUGAGCGGAUGGAAGUGAUGGGCAUAGAACCACUGCCAUUUCAUGACUUGCUGUGUCAGAUGCUUGACCUUGUUAAGCCAGAGAGGGAAGGAAGAGUAACUCUGCGAGACCUGAAGAGGUGCAGAAUGGCUCAUGUAUUCUACAACACCUUUUUUAAUUUAGAGAAAUAUCUGGACAAUGAACAGAGGGAUCCCUUUGCAGUGCAAAAGGACAUUGAAAAUGAUGGCCCUGAACCCUCUGACUGGGACAGAUACGCUGCUGAAGAGUACGAGAUUCUUGUGGCUGAGGAGUCUGGGAACGAACAGUUACAAGAAGGGCUUGCCCAUGAGAGAGCACUGCUCCUGGAAGAGGAAUUUCAUCAAGACAUAGUGGAUACUCAGAGUGGCUGCAAGGAUGCCGUGGCUGUAUCGAGGGCUACAAUCACCAAAAAUAAGAUAAGAGAAAGGUGUCGUCUUGCUCAAGACAGCAGUGAAGCGUCAUGUUUCACUGGAAGCUUAAGCUGAUCUGAAAACUUCUCUGCCAUGCUGUGCUUUAUACAUCCGUCUGUGAGGUGAAGAGAGUCUGUUCCAUGGUGAAUGUAUACACACAGUGUUGUCUGAAGGCAGAACCAAAUGUUGAAUCUGACCAACACAAGCUCUUAAUGCAGAUAAAAGCAUUGGUUUUGCAGAAAUCCUUUCUUGCAGUCCAGGCUAUGGCCUGCCUGGUAGAAGUGGGCACCGCUUUGUUUGCUGUUCCAGAAACCAGUUUCAACCAGCUGAUGUACCUGGAAGCCACAGUUGCCUUCAUGGAAAGAGAUUUUUCUCUAUAGGAAGGGAAAUAAGGAGGAAGAGGCCAUCUUUUAUCAGCUGCUGCUAGGAAUGAAUCCCCCUCAUCUGAGCAGCAAGGAGCCAGGGCAGAAUGCUGAGUAAUCUUACUCAGGGGCAGAUAGGGUGGGACAAAGACACAGGAUCAGAUGAUGUUGGUGUAGGCAGCUUAGACUAUUUUUCCUGUCUCCCUCCAGUCGGCUGAUGGCUCAGUUGCUCACUUUUCGUGAACGCAGCAGCAUAAGGACGGGAAAGGGAAUAAGUACAUCACUGAACUGCCUAGUGACAAAGUGUGUGUGUGUUUGCCAGAAGGAAGGACAAAGAAUUUCCUGCAGUAAUUUGCCUUCUCUUGAACAAGCCAGAGUUGCCAUGGUUGACUCUUGAGGAAUGGGUGUUUAAUCUACAUAUCUACAUGAGCCUAUAUGUGUAUCUAUGUGACUGUGAAGUUUUGAAACUGGCCUGGAAGGAGAGAAGGUGAUUCUCUUUAGUGCUAAUCUCGUGGAAGAGCUGUCCUUUGGAUGUUUCCUAGCCACAAAAGUGGAAAGCAUUUUUUCCAAGAUGGGAAAGGCAGGCACUAUGGAGCCAUAAGGAGCAAAAGAGUGAAGUGGAAAAGUAACUCACAUGGGAAAGGACAAUAGGAAGCCCCUUUUGAAGAAGACAUGAGAAGGUUUAGUCCAGAAGCAAAAGGCACUAGAAAAAAAAUUAUAAUGGAGCUGCA